AUGCAAUAAAUGAAUUUAACUUAGGCGAUAAUGAAACAAUAUAAAAAAGAGCUAACAGAUUUCUAAGCAACUAUAAAUCCUAUAAUUAAUAGUUUUAAUGAAUAAUUUGUCUUAUCAUUCACAAUAAAGAACAUCAUUUUAAAAUAUAUCUAAAUAUUUACAGAAUAAAAUGAUUUUCGCUUGAUGGGAAUAACAUUAAAUAUAUAGGAAGAAUUAAAUAAAUAUCUCUCAAAAAUACCUCUAAAUACUUUCUUUUCAUAAAGGAUUUGGGAUUUAUCUUUUUCAAGUAAAUUUUUCCUAUUUAAAGUUAGAAUAAUUUCAAUAAAAAUUAGCUUUAUUAAAAGAUGACGAUUUAAUACGAGUUUUAUUUGUAAUCAAAGUCUUAGUUUAGGGAAAAUUUAAUACAUUAAAUUAAUUAUGGUUUUCUAUACGACCUCUUUAAGUUGGUAGUAUAAAAUUUCCAUAUUAAUAUGAUUUUGAAUUAGAAUUGAAACUUGAAAAGAGAGAGAUUAUAUAAUUUUAAAUAUUUCCAAAAAAAUAUCCAAUCAUGAAUGAUUCAGAGCAUCCAAUUUAAUUUGAAUAUGUCCAUGAAAUGAUUUUUGUUGAUAUAGUUGAUAAAAAAAAUAAGAAUGAUUUGUCACAAUAUGAAAAAUAUCUAAAAGCAUAAUAAAGCAAACCAAAUUUUUUUACUGACAUGAAAUAUAUACAAGAAUCUAGUUUUGAUAAAAAAAGAACAAAAUAUUAAAGAAUUGGAGAAACCCCUUAAAUUGAUAAUUUAAUUAUAGGUCCAAGAAUGUUUAAACCAUUAAUUUGUUAAGGGAAUUAAUACAGUUAUAAUUAAAAAUUGAAUUUAUGGAUGACUUUAGAAGAUGAAAAUAAGUAUUAUAAAAAAUUAUAAUAAAUUGAAGAGAUUAGAACAAAUAAUUAUUAAAUAAAAAAAUAUUGUAAAUUACCUUCAUCAUAAUAAUUAUUAACAAUAAUAAAAAAUAUUCCAAAUUUUAAAGUAAAACUAACAUAAUAAUAAUAAAAAAUAAUUUCACAUGAAGAAGAUGCUUUAGUAAUUGGAAGAAGUGGAACAGGUAAGACUACAUGUGCUUUAUUAAAAUUGUUUUCUACUGAUAUUUUGUAUAAAUUAAGAAUUAAACUAAAUUAAAUAAAAAAUACUUCAUCUGAUAUUUAAUUAUAAUAAUAAGAUUAAGAUACUUAAUUGAAAACAAUAUUUGUAACUGCAAGUCCAUUAUUAGCUUGUCAAGUUAAAAGAUUAUAUGAUUAAUUAGUAAAUAAUAUCUAAAAUACUAUAAAUUCUAAAAGAUAAAGAUAAAAAUAAAAAUAAUAGGAAAAUGUUGAUUAAUAAAAUAUUGACUUUGAAUAAAGCACUUUUUAAAUAAUUGAGGCACUAUAAUAAAAUGAUGAAGAGAAUGAUAAUAAAAAUUAAUAAGAAGAAGAAAAUGAGUUAGAAGAUAGAGAAAUUGAUGAAUUCGAAAAGGAAAUGGGAAAAUUUAAUAAAUUCAGUGAAAUUUAAUAAUAUCCAGUAUUCUUAACUUUAAGAAAAUUGUUAGCUCUUAUUGAUUCUUCACUUCUUAAUUCAUUUUUUAAAAUAUAAGGUGGAUAUUAAAAUAAAUUAUCAUAAUGGCAUAAUGAAUCUUCUGGACUUAUGACUUUGGAUUAAACUCAAGAUAAAUAGGCAUUUAAUGAAGAUCUUCUUCAUUAACAUAUUAGAUUAAUGGAUAAUUAAGAUUUUAUUGAAACAAAUAUGUAAGAAGUUACUUUGGAUGUAUUUGAGAGAGUAUUUUGGCCUAAAAUUGUUAGGGAAUUGAAAAAAGAAUAUAUUGAUGUUUCAACUUUUGAUCCUACUUUGAUAUGGAGUGAAAUUUGCACAAAAAUAAAAGGUCAUGAAACUUCACAUGAAUAUCCUGAAAAAUAUAUGAAUUUUGAGAAUUAUUCUUAUUAUUAUAGAGUUUUAUCAGAAGUUUAAACAAAAUUACUUUAUAAAGCAUUCUAAACUUAUGAAAGAUUAAAAUAAAGUUAUGGUUAUUAUGAUUUGUUAGAUAUUGUAAAUCAUAUUAAUUAUGAAUUAACUUAAGGUAAUGAUGUAAUAGAAAGUGUUCAUUAUUUAAUGUUAGAUGAAUUAUAAGAUGUACCUAGAGCUACUUUAGUAUUAUUAGAUAGAAUGGCUGAAUUCGGAUUAUUUUGUUGUGGAGAUAAUGCAUAAAAUAUUGCUAAAGGAAUUGGAUUUAAGUUUUUUGAAGUUUAACAUUGUAUAUCAAAUUUCAGAGGACGAUAGAAAAGAAGAGAAUCAAAUCUAACCUUAUUUGAUCUAAAUAUUAAUUUUAGAUCACAUAAUUAAAUUCUUUAAUUAGCUAAUUCUGUAAUCAGAAUUUUAGAAAUUUUCUUUCCUUAUAAAAUAGAUAAAUUAAUGAAAGAAAUUUCUGAUUUAUCUGGUCCUAAACCAAUUAUAUUAUAAACAGAAGAUUGUUUAGAUUUAUUAUCAUAUAUUUAAGAGUUUUUUACAAAUGAAAGAAAGGUAGUUGAAUUUGGAUGUAAUUAAGCUGUUAUUGUUAAAGAUUAAGAAUCUAAAGAAAAAUUACCUUAAGAAUUAUAAAAUGCAUUAGUUUUAACAAUAUAUGAAGCUAAAGGUCUUGAAUUUGAGGAUGUAAUUUUGUAUAAUUUCUUUAAUGAUUGCACAAUAACUAUUGAAGAUUGGAAAUCUUUAAAUGAAUUGGAAAUCUCAUAGAUCUAUAUGACUGAAGAAUAAUUAAAUAACUUUAAAACAAGUAUUAUUUAUAUAUAUUAAUUUCAUAGUUCAUUCAACUGAUAUAAUAGUAUCAGAUUAUGAUAAUUAAAAAAAAUUAGUUGGAAUAAAAUAAAUUAAAUUAAAAAGUACAGGAAGGUUUAAAUAAAAUGUAGAUAAAUUUUAAGAAUAUAUGUCAUUAUGUUAAGAUUUAAAAUAACUAUAUGUUGCUAUAACAAGACCUAAGAAAAGAUUAAUAAUUUUUGAUUAAUCUAUAUAAAAGAGAUAAAUAAUACAAUCUCUUUGGGAGAAAUUAGAUGUUGUUGAAGUUAUUUAGAAAAAGAAUAUAAAAGUUUCUGACACAUAAUUUAUUCUUGAUCAUACAAUAGAUAACAAAGCUAAUUGGAAAAAAUAAGGAUAUAAAAUGUUUAGACUUAAUAAUUAUGAUUAAGCAGCUAAGUGUUUUAGAUUUUCUGGUGAUGAAGAAUUAUCAAUAAAAUCUACUGCAUAUUUUUUAGCUACUUAAGCCAACAUUUUUAAUGAAAAUUAUACAAAUUAUAUUUAGGCUGCUAAAUUAUUUGAGAAAAUUAAUAUUCCUUUAAGAGCAGCAUAAUGUUAUUUUUCAGGAAAAGAAUAUGGUAAAGCUUAUGAAUUAUAUAAAUAAACUGAUCUUAAGAGUGAAACAGCAGAAUCUGCAUAUUUUGCAGAAUAUUUUGAUGAAGCAGCAGAUUUAUUUUAUUAAAUUAAUGAUAUUAGAAGAGCUCUAGAUUGUUAUAAGAAAGCUAAUAAUUGGGACAGAAUUAUUGAAUUAUUAAAUUAACAUAAAAAUGAAUUUACAAUCGAAGAAAGAAUGGCUUUUUUAAAUAAAUUCUUUCCAAGUUUUCUAUAAGAAAUGACUGAUUAAAUUGAAUAAGAAGAAAAAGAAAUAGAAUAACAAUAACAAUAACAAAAUUUAAUUGAUGAGAGAUCAAUAGAAUAAGAAAAUAAUAAUGAUUAAUCUUAAAGUUUCCAAAUUGAAAAUUCAUAAAUAAAUGAAUCUAAACAAAUUUAAGAAGUUUAAGAUUCAAAAGAUAAUGAAAGUUCGUAAAUAAAUAUUAUUUAAUAAGAAAAACAAUAAAUUAUUGAAUUAGAUGAUUCAGAAUCUUUUGUUGUUUAAAAUGAAGAAUCAUUCGAACAUCUAUCAAUUUUUGAUCCUGAAGAUGAAUGGUUAAAAAGCAAUAAAUAAACAUUAAUAAAAUCUAUUGCCUCAUCUAGUGUUGAAUCACAAUUUUCAAAUGUUUUAUUAAUGAAUUAACCUUCAAAUGUAUCUUUAUUAAAGUCAAAAUCAAAUAUCUUUAUUAAAAAUAAUGUUUUGCAAUAAUUAAUUUAAAAGUUUUAAUACUUUUCUGAUGAAUUUAAAACUCAUAUAGAAAAAUAAUAACAUAAAGCUACUUUAUUAUCUAAUAGAACAGGUGAAGAAAAAGAAUUUGAUUAUAUGAUUAACUUCUUAUAUGAUUUAGAUAAUAUAGAAAUAGAUACUAUUUAUUUAAUUCUAGAUCUAUUGGAAUAAUUUAAAAGCUAUAAAUUAUGCAUUUUUGUUUGUAACUAAUUUAAAUUAGCCUAACAUGUAGGUAGAUAUUUGGUUUCCUUAACAUCACUUUAUACACCUUUAACAAGAAGUUCCUUGAAAAAUAAUCUUUAGAUUAUUGCAAAUAAACUAUAUAGAAAAUAAAUAUUAGAAUAAGCAGCAGUAUCUUAAUUAGCUGUUAAUAAUAUAUUGGAAUCUAUAAAUCCUUAAUUUUUAUAAUUUAAAUAUGAAGAACAAUUUAAUGUAACUAAUAGUUUUGGAAUUAAUUGCUAUAAAGAAUUGAUUGGUUUAGGCUUUUGGAAAACAGUCAUUUAUCAAUUAAAUUAUGAGCAUGCAUUAAAUUUAUGUAAAUCCUUUAAUAGUUUCAAAGAUAUUAUAAUAAUUAUGUAAAAAAUUAAAGAAAAUAGAUAAAAUAAGACAAUUAGUGAAGAGGAAGAAUUUAUUUUAAAUAAAUAUUAAUAUUUUAACUAAAUUUAAGAAGCUCUUUAAUUCUAAUAAUUAAACUUCAAUCCUAUAUUUUAGCCUACUAUUUAAUACUUCAAAAAUAAUUAAAAAUUAAAUUAGGAUACCAUAAAAGAAAUCAUAGUGAAUAGCAAUUUAUAAAAUUUGAAUUUAACCUACACUUAGUAAUUAAAGUAAAUAGAAACCAUAAUUUUAACUCAUUUAAUUUUAAAAUAAAUGGUAUCAUAAAAAAAUAACAAAAUACUAGAUAUUACAAAAAUUAUAGAAAUUUAAAUUUAUUUUCUAAAUCAGAUUCAAUUAUUUUCAUCAAAUUCUAAUAUUUUCGAUUCAUUCUCAUUCCUCUAUUAAUUUUCUUAACCUCAAGGAGAGAUCAUGAAUCAUUAUUCUUAAUUUUCGCUUGUAUAUUUAACUUCAGAUUUGGUACAAUAUUUACAUUAAGCAUCAAAAGAAAAAUAGAAGGAUAAUCAAAAUGUUUAAUAAUAAUAAUAAUAAAUAAAAUUUAUUGAUAUCGGAUUUGAGUAUAUAUUAACACCAUAUCAUGUUGUUAUGAAGGCUAUAAAUAAAUCAUUUAUUCAGACAUUAAAUGAUCUAUUUUAUAAUUUAUCAGAAAAAAUAUUGAAUUAUUACUCUAUUUAUACUAAUCAAAAUAAAUAAUUUCCUCAAAAUUAAUAUAUUGGAACUUUUUUACCAUAAUUCACACAAUUAUACUUUUUAGAGUAAAAAUAAAAAAAUAUAUUACCUUUGAUAUUUUAUCCUAAAUAAGUGAAUAUCUUAAAAUUUAAAAACUUCUGUGAUUCAGGUAUUAGAAAUUUGGAAAUUGAGAAACAUGCAUCUUCAAUUCUAAAUUAAAUAAAAUAAAUUCAUUAAUUAGAUUUUUUCAAGAUAUUAAUUAAAACUAACAUUAGAACUAAAAAUUUACCUACUUAAAUAAAAAAUUUAUUAAGAAAUGAAAGCAUUUCUCUUCUUUAAAAACCGAAAGAAAAACUUAACCAUCAAAAAAUUGUUCUAGCCGUUAAUUUAUUAAAUUACAUCGAUGAGCUUCCAAUAGCUAUUUUUACAUUAUAACAAUUAAAUAAACCUCAAGUUUUUAGUCCCUAUAUAAAAUAUAUGGAGUUCUUAGAAUGUUAAGAAUACAAUAUAACUGAAGACAUGUUUGAUUGUUUUAAUGAAUUCAGUUAAGAUCUCUAGAAUAAAUUAUACCUAGAUGAAUGGCAAUAUCACUUGAUUCGUGUAGGUUUAGCAAUUCUAAUUUCAAUUUUAGAAGAAAAGAAAUAAAAAUUGUUGAUACCUUGCUUAUAUGUGGAAUUCAUAAAAGGAGUAUAAGAUCAAAAGAUUGAGAUACCUAUUUAUAAAAUAUAAAAUCAUGAUAUCCUAACUGACUAUUUGGAUCUAUUAGGAUAAUUUCUUGAUAAUUGUAAUUCUGAACAUUAUGAAUUUCAUGGUAAUUUAUUACUUAUUAUUUUCAUAAUCAAUCUACCCAUUUUAACAAAAAAUGUAAUAGACUAAAUAUCUUAAAUAAUUCAAUUUGACUCUAAAUAUAAAUUUUAUCAAAAAAUUAAAUUAAUUUUAACAAAAGAUUUAUAAGGAAGAUAACAAGAGUAUAUAAAACAAUUUAAAUCAAUGUAUAUACAUUAAUAUUUUGAUUUAUAAAUAACAGAACUAGAAAUAAUCAAUACAAAAUAAUAAAAAGAGCUGGAAUAAAUUUAUAAUAAAUGUUUAUCGAACUGGGAAAAUUAUUAGAUCGAAGCUGAUUCUUUAAAAAAGAAUGGAAUAAACUUACUCAAAAAAUGGAUGAAACAUAAAUAAAUUAUAGCUAAAUCAAAAUAUUUAAUUAGAUCUUACCCCUUAUUUUAAUAAUAAUCUUGGAUUGUCAAAUUUUAACAAUUUUAUAAAUUGAAUCUUCGUGAGAUUUACAAAAAUUUGAAUAAAAAUUAAAAAAUAUUUGAAGUUAAUAUCAAAGAGACCUUUGCAUUAUAAGAGUAUUAUUUUUAUUUUAUAUUUAGAAAUAUUUUAAAUUAUAGACAUUAAGCAAUUGAUUCAAUAGAUCUUCAUUUUUGUAAUUAAUUAUUAGAUAAACUUUCUUAACUUGAAAUCUAAAUUCAAAAAGGUAUUGAUGUAAGUAAAUAAUUAUUGGAAUUAUCAAAUGAAUUUAUUGAUUGGAAAUAGAAUAUUCAAUAAUCCUAAAAUGAAUAAGACGAAUUAUUAGCUAGAAAUAAAGAAUUAUUAGCAAUAAAAUGGAAAAAUUUGAAAUCAGGUAUUAAAUUAAAAAAGAGAAUUGUACAAAAAGAAGAAAUUUAACCAAUUUAAGAAGAAGAAGAAGAAGAUUAAUAAUAAUGA